AUGGGUGCCGUAUACAAUCCCCUUAUAUCAACACAACACAUUCGCAUCCUCACCUUGGCACCGUCCGAAGAUGUCGACGCUGCUCUUGAGGGUUCACUUGAUCAGCAGCGCAUCAACGAUCCAAGCCAGGAGUACGAAGCGAUAUCCUACACGUGGGGUGAUCAGGAGAGGAGCCGACCACUGAGAUGCGACGGGGCGAUGAUUCACAUCACACCCAACCUUGCUCAAGUUUUACUCUGCCUCAGGUUUCGAACAAGUCCUCGUAGGCUAUGGGCUGACGCGAUCUGCAUCAAUCAAGAGGACCUGGAUGAGAAAGCCCAACAGAUUCCACUGAUGGCUAAAAUCUAUCGGUCCGCAACGCAGGUCAGAGUCUGGCUUGGUGACGGCGACGAAGGCGAAAGCCGAGCUCUUGAUGAUCUUGCCUCCUUUACAAGGAGAGCAAGGACAUUUGAAUAUCAAAAUCAGGACCGAGAGACAAACCAAACACUUGUGGAAAUAGGAAAAUCGGCCAAGAAAGUCUUCAGGAUGCCAUGGUUUGGUCGUCGUUGGAUAGUUCAAGAGCUUGUCCUCAACGGGGACGUCAUGUUCCAUUGUGGGCAAUCAAGGAUUUCUUGGCCAGCGCUGCAUUUUGCAUUCCACGCUUUACCAACUGGCAAUUCGGAUGACGACCUCGACGUUGACAUUCGACGGAAGAUCCGACAAUUCGGCGACCUCUGGAGGACCUGGUCAUUUGGCAAUGCCUCCACAAUAGACCGCGGCAUCUACAGCCUCCUGAGUUCAUUCACCGAUCUUCAAUGCAAAGAGGGAAAGGAUCGAGUUUAUGCCAUCGCUGGUCUGGCGGACGAUAUCGAGCUACGGUCGUCAACAAGUCCAGCUAGCGUGGCCUCAAUCACUCCAAAUUAUGGGAUCAGUGACAGAGAGGUGUUCCAGGAUCUGGCCUUCAAAAUGAUACAAUCCGGAAAAGUCUUCGGCACUUUAGCUUAUGCCGGCGCUUCCAGAAUCGCCGGAGUGGAUGAACAUCUUGCAAGCUGGAUUCCGGACGCCCGGCACCCUGGACCGUGGCCGUUGAUCGCGACCGAACGAGAAGCUGAUUUUAAGCUUGUCGAGGUGUGCGAGCCGUCAAACGGGAGUCUGACUCUGAAGAUCGAAGCCUAUGGCUGGGAAGGGGACACGUCGACAUCGACGGACAAUGCGUUGCUCGGUAUUGAGGACGACUCUAUGCUCGACUGGAGUCUAUUUUAUGUCGAAAACGUGUUUGAGCCCCGGAAGAUCUAUAUGGCACAUGAAUGGAACAUUCAUCUCCAGUAUAUUCAGAUGUGGCUAAUCAAACACCAAGACUCUGAAGACUUUAUCUACGAGGGCCCGACUUUUUAUACCAUGGCUCCCAUGAUAUGGUCUCUUAUCCGGUGUCAAUUACUGACCGAGGACGGCUGCGAGGCCCUCGAUCGUCUUCCCUCUCUUGAAGACUUCCGGAUACAGCUUUCAGGUGGCGAACUUGACGGACAAUGGGCAAUGUAUCUGACGAAAGCUUUAUCUGCUAACAAACUCUACAUCGGGCAACGUCAAAUGGGCGUAUGGAGACGUUUCACCGGCUUUGGCCCCCGCGACCUGAAACCUGGCGACGCGAUGCUUCUUCCGUCCGCGGAAUUACAGAGCGCCACGGCAUUGUUUCUGAGACCCGCAGACUCUGAGUUCACAGUGCUAGGCGGUGGCCUUGCCUGGGCAGGUGACAUUGGCGGAAUAAAUCUCGUGCCGCGCGAGAUCGAAGUUCAUCUGAUCUAG